AUGGCCAGCUGCGAGGAAGUCAUCGGCGAAGCCCUCGACAUCAUCGCCUACUGGUGCGGAAACGAAUCCAUCCAGCCCACCCUCGCCGAUCUUCCCUCCCAGAUCUACGCAGUCUGCUUCCGUACUCGCCUCGAAUCCGCGGUUCUCGUGCUCAAAUACUCCGAAGACGAGCGCGGGAACGCGCAGGUCUGGAAAGAACUGGAGCAACGCGACGAGAACGAGGACAACUGGACGUUCGACGAGGAGCAAAGCCUCAUCGGGCAGCUGGGUCGCUGGAACGCGAGCGAGUCGUGCAACCUGCUGGCUGGCGUGAUGAACGAGCUGCUGACGCAGCUGAAGCAGCAGCCGAACGAAUCGGUUCUGAACGUGCUGGAAGAGAAACUGUACUGGCUGAUGGUGUUCAUCGAUCACUUCGUGGCGGAUUACGACUCCACCGAGAUCCCGCUCCAAUUCGAAGCCAUUCAGUCCUCCCCCGACUACCCACUCCUUGCCUUCCUCGACCUCUGCGUACCCCGUUUCCCCGUUUCUUCAUGCGCAGAACGCCUCGAUCCUCUCUCUGCUCUCCAUCCCGUCGCUCGACCUCUCCUCGCUCGUCCUGCAAUCCCUUCUCUCCUACCUCGCUCACUUCAUCCAGCUCUAUCUCCCCUUCCGUCCCCGCCUCUCUCUCGACAUCUACACCAUCAUCGCCAUCACGCUCUCCUCCGACUCCCAGUCCGCCUCCACCUUCGCCGAGGCCCUCAAAACCGCGCAGCUUCUCCUCGAGCGCAACAUCGAGCACCACAUCGGAGACGUCAACCAGCAGGUCUGGCAGGAGCUCGUUUCUUCGCUCGUCGAUUUCGCGCGGGAAGGCAAGGUGCGCGGGAAACUGCAGGGAUUGAACGACAUGCCCGCCAGCCAAUGGGAGCUGUUCACCACCACCCUCGUCUCCAACAUGCAGAAAAUGGGAGAGCCUUACGUGUCCCUAAUUCCAUCCUUUUUAGAGGCCAUCUUGUCACAAUUGUCCCAAAUCACCUCCAUGUCCAAUUUCACCGAAUUCAUCAAGUCCUACCAGAAUUCCAAUCGAACCCAGUCCCUUCUCUACCUUUCCCGCGGGACUCUGCUGGUUUCGCCGCUUCCCUCGGCCUGCGUUUCCUUCUUCUCGCAGCUUCUUUCGCUGCUUCCUUCGCUUUUUUCGCAGCUUUCGCUGCACGAAGACUUCCAAAUCCUCGCUCUCAAGCUCCUCCGCGAUCUCAGCCAGGCGAUUUAUUCGCUUCCCGCGUCGGAAUCGCUUCGCUAUGUGGAAACGCUCCAUUCCAUCGCCAGGCGUUUCGUUCAGACGCUCCCCAGCGAUCCGAAACUCCUCCACAAAGCGUCUUCGUUCAUCAGCAAAGCCCUGGGAUUGUGUUUCGACGCGGAAACACAAUUCUUAGCGAGCGGCGUUUUGGUUUCUUCGUCGAUUGCCGCGUCGAUUUCGCAGCUGCAUCUCGCGCUUUUGCAGUGCGUUUCCCGCGAUCUCUCCUUCUUCCCGUUGUUCAUGAAGCGCGUCAUGCAAUCGAGCAUCGCUGUGCUCUCGCACUGCGUAGCAGGCCUGGACCUGCAGGCCGACUCAUUGCUUGA